AUGGCGAACCCCUUCCUAAUGGACGAAGAGCCGAUGGGUGGCGCUGAGCCGGUUUCCAACCCGUUCCUUUUCGGUGAUGACGCACAAGACGAUGAAAGCGCGACGGGGGUGGACGACAAUCCAUUCUUGGCGCAGGCCAGCAACCCGUUUGCGGACUUUGGUGGUGAGGCGGACGAACAGGCUGCAGCCGACACAGCCCCCAAUAUGGACGAUCUGUUUGGGACUGCGGGUGUCAAUGCGGUGGUCACAACCGGUGCCGAAAUCUUCGGAGUUUCCGCAACGGUGAUGUCACAGAGCAGCAUCUUCCAACCGUCUGCUGAGUCGAAUGGUGCAUCAAACUUCUUCGAUACCACCAUCAACGAAGAUGAUGAUCUGGUUAUCCCGAAGCCUACGCAUCUACAUCUUGGUCCUCAUACCAAUAACAACCUGAUGGAUGAUGCACUGAUGAACGCCUACUCCAGCGAUGAUGAACUCAAGUUGACCCACGGCAACCAGAAUGCUCCACCACCCAGACCGGUACCACCAUCGCAGGCGACGCAGCAACUGAUCAGCACGAUCGCAAACCAGCUUGAUCAGACCAGCACAAAUCUUCUGCGACAUAUCCCGGCUACCAGAACGCCCAGUCCGGUGUCCAUGAGAGACCUACACUCUCCCAGUCCAACACCCGAUUUCGGCGAUCUGUUAUCCGUUGGAGACCAACCAGAGCAUCACAUCCAACAGGAUGACCUGUUCGGCACUGGUAUGCCACCCGAUGCAGACAAUGAUAAUCCAUUUGCUGAACCCGCAGUUCCAAUCGCUGCAAAACCCGAAGUUCCGAAGCCUCCGCGUCCAAGACCACCUCCACCGCGCCCAGCUCCUCCGAAAAGCUCCCUUGCUUCAUCGCCAGUUACGGCUCCUCCUGUACCACCAGCUCCACAUCCAUCCGCUGCAGCUCAUGUCGCCCAACCUCAGCAUGAAGCCGAUCUAUUCGAUCUUUUUGGACCAGGACCGACGAAAACGGCACCACCUAAGCCACCUGCUCCGAAAUCCAAAGCAGACAUUCUUUCCCUGUUUUCAACCCCGGCUCCAGUGGCUGCACCUGCUCCUGAACCGAAACAAACUGAUCUACUGAGUGGUGAUUUCGAUGAUUUCUUCGGUGGCGCUGCGGAAACCACAAGUGAAACCUUCGUCCCCAAUCUAUCCGAGAACAUGGUUCAUACUCAGAUGCCAUCCACCGUUCCGGAACCGGUUGAUUUCGAGGUUCCAUCAUCGGAACAUGAACCGGUUCUAUCGGUGAUUGAGCAACAUGUGAUGGAACCUUCUCCUGAGAUCGUCCUGGAAGCACCACCUCCAUCCGAUGAUUUGUUUACGCGAUCGGAAGCUUCGUCGGACUUCAGCCCAACUGGGUCGAACAUAACUUCCGGUAACAUCCCAAGUUCCGUAUCGGGCAGUAUUGUAAACAUUUCAGCCGUGGAGAAGGCUGAUGAGCUUCAUGAGAUGGAACCGGAAGGGAUGGCAGACUACCCGGCUCCUCCACCAAUGGAGCCAGAUGUUUCGGUGGACUACAACCAUGUGGAUGACAUCCAAGUGAGCACGACAGCGGCUCAGUUGUUCUAUAGCGAACCUGAGACCACUACAGCACCAGUAGCUGCGGAGGCGAUCAACCCGUUUGCCAUCGACGACGAUAGUGAACCAUACGUGACUAGCGUCGAACCGAUCGUGACUACUACGGUACCGAUGGAUUAUGCGAACGAGCUGUUUGGAAACACGACUAACAACAAUAUGGGCGUAGUAACGAUUACGACAACCGAGCCGGAUCCGCUGGAUAACUUUACACAGCCUCAGCUCCAGGAACCGGAUGAGUUUGAUUCUUUCGCUGCCAAGUUUGAGCUGAAGCAUAGCAAGAGCGGUACGAACAUCUUUCUGGAUGGAGAUCUUGGUGGCAAUGGGACGACGGACGAUGCCUUCGGAACCACGGGGGAUGCGUGGGGAGCCGGUGGUUUCGGUGGAGGUAGUGAGUUCGAAGACAGCGCGGAUGGUUUCGGCAAUGAGGGUAAUGAUCCGUUCCUGUCAAUGCAGGCACCACCGGUACCGGAGGGAACUCCAUUUGGGCGAUCCGAUUCGCGGGAUUCGGAUGAAGGUAACCAGUUCAAUGUGGUCAUUCGACCGAAGGAAGGUUUGGAAUCUGUGCUGGCUCCUGCUUUGGCACCUCCACCGAAAAGUCCUCAGACGGCGUCGAUUUACUCGGGAGAUUCGUCACCGCGGGUGAAUCCCUUCGACAGGGCAGAUGAUGGAGAGGCCACCUUGGCAGCUUUACCGGAUGCAACUCCGCAACUGCAGCGGACGGAUUCGCAGGAAACUCCACCGACGCCUCUGUUUGACGAUGAUGUUUCGCAACCGUUGGAGGACUUUCCUCGCGUUAUUUACAAUGGUGAAGGAUGGGAGAUGCAGUUGCGUCAGCCGAACAAGAAGAAGAUCACCGGUCAGCGGUUCUGGAAGAAGAUCUACAUCCGGCUUGUCUGUCAAGGGGACAAUCCGGUGUUGCAGUUGUACAACGCCGAGAAGGAUAAGGAUCCAUUCCAGGAGCUACCGCUGCAGGCGUGCUACUCAGUGUCGGACAUUGGAGCACAACAGUACGACAAUUUUGGAAAGAUCUUCACCGUCAAGUUGCAAUAUGUGUUCUACAAGGAGCGCCCGGGUGUAAGACCUGGCCAGGUUACCAAAGCGGAGCGAUUGACGAACAAACUGAGUCAGUUUGCGGCUUACGCCAUCCAGGGUGACUACCAAGGGGUCAAAGAGUUGGGCAGUGAUCUGAAGAAGCUGGGACUGCCGGUGGAACAUGCUCCGCAGAUAUCGCAGCUGUUUAAGCUUGGGUCGAUGAACUACGAAGAUAUGAAGCAGUUUUCGAUUUGUAUUGAGGAGGCGCUGUUCAAGAUGAGUGUUCACCGGGAUCGUGCGUUGACGUACAAGACGGAGGAAGUGCAGGUGACGGCGGUCGAUGAGCUGUACGUCGAACAAGACGCGGAAGGUCACGUAGACAAGCAAAUCGCACGGGUUCGAUUGUUCUUCUUGGCGUUCCUGUCGGGUAUGCCCGAUAUCGAGCUGGGAGUGAACGAUCUGUGGCGUCAGGGCAAGGAGGUCGUUGGUCGGCACGACAUUAUUCCGGUUGUGACCGAAGAGUGGAUCCGUCUGGAAGGAGUCGAGUUCCACACUUGUGUUCAGCAAGACGAGUACGAACGGAGUCGCACGAUCAAGUUCAAGCCACCGGAUGCAUGCUACAUUGAGUUGAUGCGGUUCCGCAUCCGACCGCCGAAGAAUCGGGAGCUUCCACUACAGUUGAAGGCCACGUGGUGCGUAACUGGCAAUAAGGUGGAGCUGAGAGCUGAUGUUCUGGUGCCAGGCUUUGCCUCAAGGAAGCUGGGUCAGAUUCCUUGCGAAGACGUCUCCAUCCGGUUUCCGAUACCGGAGUGUUGGAUCUAUUUGUUCAGAGUGGAGAAACAUUUCCGAUACGGAUCGGUCAAGUCUGCUCAUCGCCGUACGGGUAAGAUCAAGGGUAUCGAACGAUUCUUGGGCACGGUGGAGACUUUGCAGGAGUCGCUAAUCGAGGUAACUUCGGGUCAGGCAAAGUACGAGCACAACCAUAGGGCGAUCGUGUGGCGAUGCUCAAGGCUUCCUAAGGAGGGUCAAGGAGCUUACACAACUCAUCAGCUCGUUUGUCGAAUGGCGUUGACCAGCUUCGAUCAGAUUCCAGAACAACUUGCCCCGUAUGCCUACGUAGAAUUUACAAUGCCCGCCACACAGGCCUCCCAUACAACCGUACGAUCGAUUAGCGUGCAGGAAUCGGAAAGUGAUGAACCUCCGGAAAAAUACGUACGGUAUCUAGCUAGGCACGAGUACAGGGUUGGCAUCGAACACACUACGGGCGAAUCGGUGAGUGCGUACCUAGCGGCCACAACAGUGUCGAAACCAAUCCAGGAGGAACAGCCGAUGGCCACAACGCCCAUAGCGCCAAGUGAUUCCGACUCGGACUCGAACUAAAACGGAGAAAGGUAAGUGUUGUUCCAAAGCAAUACCGAAAGCAACAGUAGGCAUUUAAGGUGCUAGGGAUUGUGUUUUCAUAGCAACGGGCACGGUUUGGACAGAUGAAAAUUAACGGUAGCUGUAAAGUAAAAUAUUGCUUUCAAUACGAGGUGCAGCUUGAAUAUUAAAAUUGAAUGAAUUAUGCUACACUUAAUCCAUAAUGUAAAACAAAUCGAAUCUGUGACAGAUGAAACAAAAAUAUACCUAGGUGUUAUUGAAUUACAUUAGUUUGACAAUAAUGCAUAUUGAUUAAGCUUAUAAGGAAACAAGUGACAAGUAUUACCACAAGUUGUAAGAUUAGUGACAAAAAUCAUUUUUAUUGGCGUAAUUUUGUUCCGUGAAUCCAUUUUCCCGAUAGAAUUUUCGUGGGAAAAGAUUAAUCAUUUACCUAACUUGCUUGUAUAUAUAUUUGAUUUCUCACUCGAAAUUCUUUAAGAUUGCAUUCUAGUCAUUAAUUAAGUAGCAAUUCUUGAUCGUAUGGUAUAUGCAUUCAAACCAAACCAAAUAUGAAAUGAAGCAUGUAAUAUUUAUCAUAGAAUACAUUAUUGAGAUGACAUCAAAUCUAUAGCAAAACAAAUGAAACUUAAUGUAUGUUACUAUCAUUGUGCUCGCGCUGAUGUUGAACAGUAAAACUACUACACAAAACAAACAAAUCAAUACUCGUUGCAAUAGUUUUGACGAGAAAAAUCGAAAAGCAAAAGCAGAUCAAAACUAAAAUCCGCAAAUUCCAUCCCGCCCGCGUUGUUUCUGCUUUUUUGAGGUUCAAUCACUCACAUAUCAGUAGCCCUAAAAGCGAAUAAGUUAUUCCCCACCUCCUCUUCACCUCCUCCCUUCAAUCAAAAUCGUUCGAAUCUGUAACGAAGCCAAAGCGUCUUUCUUUCCGAAUCUGUAGCAUCAAAUCAGUAGGCGUAGCGCCAACAUUGUUUGUAAACACAAAAAAGAAAGUGAAAAAACGGAGGACCCAUUGAUUACAGCGAAUUUAUUGUUCUGUUCCAGUUUCAGUUUUUGACGUUUUGCAAAUAACAGUAGAAAUUAAUCGCAGUAGACCGAUGGAAGUACGCAAAUGGCGAAAAAAAAUAGACAUUAAUUGUACAUGUGUUACCAAGGAAACCAAUAGGCAAGUUUACUUGAACCUAGGACACCCGGCAGUAUUGGACGAUGUGAACAGCAUUGUUGAUUAAUUGAUGAAAGGAAAAUGGUAAAUACUCUACCAAGCAGCAGCGCAAACGGCAAAAGAGGAUAUUUGAUUAUGUGUAAAACGGUUAUGAAUUGAGAAGUUUAACAAGCAAAAUCAAUGUCACAGGUAAUACCGCGAAAUGAAUAUACACUCUAAAAUUAAUCGUUAUACAUUGAAUGAAAAAUUUAACCAGAAGUGAAAAUAUAAGCUACAACUAAAUAAUGAAUAAUGAGACAACUAAAACAACAACCAUCAGAGCAACAGCAUAAAUAGAAAGCAGAACAAAAAAGGAUGAUAAAAUUGGUGAAAUGGGAAGAAAUGUAACAAUA